AUGGGUUGCGGAAUGAGUACCGAAGAUAAGGAGGGCAAGGCCCGCAACGAGGAGAUCGAGAACCAGCUGAAGCAUGACAAGAUGAUGCAACGCAAUGAAAUCAAGAUGUUGCUGCUCGGUGCUGGAGAGUCGGGUAAAUCCACAAUUCUCAAGCAGAUGAAACUCAUCAACGAAGGCGGCUACUCCCGCGAUGAGCGAGAAUCAUUCAAGGAAAUCAUCUACAGCAAUACCGUCCAGUCAAUGCGUGUCAUCCUCGAAGCCAUGGAGUCGCUCGAGCUUCCUCUCGAAGACCCACGUGCCGAGUACCACGUGCAGACCAUCUUUAUGCAACCCGCCCAGAUCGAAGGCGACAGCCUGCCUCCGGAGGUUGGCAGCGCUAUCCAGGCCUUGUGGCGCGAUGCUGGUGUCCAGGAGUGUUUCCGCCGCUCUCGUGAAUACCAGCUCAAUGAUUCCGCUAAAUACUACUUUGACUCGGUUGAGCGUAUCGCCCAGCCCGACUACAUGCCCAGCGACCAGGAUGUGCUCCGCUCGCGUGUCAAGACCACCGGUAUCACUGAGACUACCUUUAUUAUUGGCGACUUGACCUACCGUAUGUUCGACGUCGGUGGACAACGUUCCGAACGUAAGAAGUGGAUCCACUGUUUCGAGAACGUGACCACCAUCCUCUUCUUGGUCGCCAUUUCAGAAUAUGACCAACUUCUGUUUGAAGAUGAGACGGUGAACCGUAUGCAGGAGGCCUUGACUCUGUUCGACUCCAUCUGCAACUCGCGCUGGUUCAUUAAGACGUCGAUCAUUCUGUUCCUCAACAAGAUUGACCGCUUCAAGGAGAAGCUUCCCGUGAGCCCGAUGAAGAACUACUUCCCCGACUACGAAGGGGGAUCCGACUACGCCGCUGCUUGCGAUUAUAUCCUGAACCGCUUCGUCUCGCUCAACCAAGCCGAGCAGAAGCAGAUCUACACACACUUUACGUGCGCCACAGACACAACCCAGAUCCGAUUCGUUAUGGCUGCUGUCAACGAUAUCAUCAUCCAAGAGAACCUUCGUCUGUGCGGUCUCAUUUAA